AUGUCUCCCCCUACUUUCCGCCGCAUCGUCACCUCCCAUCAUCCCUCAGACACCACCGGCGACAACGUCACAUACCACGACGACACCCUCCCUCUACACCCCGUCCUCCCAGGCCUCCACAUCUCUCCCCUAUACUCCUCCCCCGGCCUCCCCACCUACAACCCCCAUAUCGUCUCCACAGAACACAUAUCCGGCGCUGCAUCCAACGUCAAAGGCGUUGUCCUCCCAGGCGGUACAGACGCCCAAGUCACCCACUACGCCCCGCGCGCUAGCGUACCCCUCCAUCGCACAUCCUCCGUCGACUACAACGUCAUCGUCCAAGGCUCCAUCUUUCUCAUUGUCCCAGAUGGCCAAGGAGGGGAGAAGAGGGAAGAAGUGAAGGCGGGAGAAUUGGUAGUGCAGACGGGGACAUUGCAUGGGUGGGAAGCAGGAGAGGAAGGGGCGAGGGUAGUUACGGUGGUGGUAGAGGCAAAGAAGGUGGAAGUGGGAGGGAAGGAGCUGGAGGAUGUUGAUUUCAAGUAG